CUCGAUUUUAGAAUGAAAAGAUAUCCUAUCGAUUUCGUGCGUAUGUGUCCCAAUUCGAUAACAAUAAAUGUUUUGUUUGUUAAAGGCGGAACUGAUUAAGUUUAUUUGCGUGGUUUUAUGUAAGGCCUGACCCCUUUAAUGUUUUUGGUGUCCUCCUGAUGAUGGACACUGCUGGGUCCGAAACAUGUUGAGAGCCUUGAGCUAAGUUCAAUACAGAACUAUGUAUAUUUAGAGUAAACCAGUAAAGGAAGACUCUCUUUCUCUCUCAAUCUCUGCUGUCUCAGUCAGUAGAUUCUAUUUCGAAAACACCCACAGGAGGGCACCACAUGCACAACUAACCAUCGUUGCCCCUCGCAACGCCAAGAGCAUAAUAAAAAAACAGGCAAUCCGACACUGUGCACUCCACCUUAUGCCAUUUUAGGAAGUGAGUUCGUAAUGUGUAGUCGAAAAUCGAUCGAAUCCUCCUCGGGUGUAUUCGACUUUCACCAGGAUAUGGACGCAUGUUUAGCGGCAUUCGACAGAAACUGUGAUGGCCAACUGGACUAUCCAGAAUUCAAAGAGCUCACCAAAGCCCUCUUCAGAGAUUCCUCUGGCAACUCUUACGAAGUAGAGGAAACAAUUUCACAAAACACCUUCGACAUAUUUGACAAGAAUAGCGAUGGACAAAUAGACAGAGAAGAGUUCUCUUUUUGCUGGCAUAAGUGGAUAAAAACAAUUGUCAAACCGAUGUCGGCUCUCCUAAUUAUAGACGUACAAAACGACUUCAUUUGCGGCACCUUGGACAUAAGAAACUGUUCGGCAAAACAAAACGGCGAGGACGUGAUCGGACCAAUAAACGACCUGCUGGAAACUGUAGAUUUCGAUGCUGUUUUCUACUCGUACGACUGGCAUCCCGAGGAUCAUGUCUCGUUCAUCGAUAAUAUUCACUUACGUAAGGUUCACGAGUCUAGUCCAAUCAAAGCAGAAGAGGCUAAAGUAUUUGAUACGGUGAUAUUUGAUGGGGAACGACCUAUGAGCCAAAGGUUAUGGCCUAGGCACUGUGUGCAAAACACCUGGGGAAGUGAACUUUAUAAGGAUUUGAAGGUGGUCAAAGAUGCUCAAAAGAUCUACAAAGGCACCAAUCCAGAAAUCGACUCUUAUUCAGCCUUCUGGGACAACUCCAAACUAACCGACACCAAAAUGGAAUCUCAACUAAAGAGGCGAAACAUCACUGACGUGUACGUUUGCGGAAUCGCUUAUGACGUCUGCGUAGGUGCCACAGCUUUAGAUGCCAUCCAAAGUGGCUUCAGAACCAUCCUCGUCGAUGACUGUUGCCGAGGAGUUGACGUGUCUGACAUUGAAAGGACAAAAGACAACGUCGUCGAGAACUAUGGGGUCGUAGUGUCGUCAUGUCAAGUGGCCGACAUGGUCAAAGGUCUUGACAGGCGACCAGAGCUCGGAUACAAACUCGCGUUGAAUUUGAAGAAAAGUAGUACGAGUUGAGCUGAACUAUGUCUAUCUUUUAAGUACUUAAGAGGGUUAUGAAGUUAUUAUGUAAUCUUAUGGAGUUUGUUGAUAAUAUUCUUAAAAGGUUCUUAGAAUGUAAACGGUUGGUUUAAUAUCUUAAACAUUAAGGAGGAGCCUUGGAGUUGAUAUUCUAAGAACAUAUCUGUCAUACGUCAAUGUUGCUUGAUAAAAUGAGCAUUUUAUUAAAACAGUAUUUUAAAGUUGUGGGGUUACUAUGGUAGUUCUUAGAAAUGGAUAUAAGAGGAAAAUAAAAUUGUAGAUUGAAUAAGGGAAAUUGUUUCCAGUGUAUUAGAAAAACAUUAUUUCUUUCUUAUCUCUACGUGUGUUCUUACAUAGCUAUGUGUUUAUAGAGAGCUAUUAUUGCAACUGUUACCUCAUAAGGCAUUUGCUGUAUAUUAAAUAUUAGACUCUUAA